GAGAAAGCUGUAUCAUAGGAAGUUGUAGGUGAAGUUGUUUAAUACUCUAUGCUGUACAAAUUUUAGUUCACCGACGGUUUGUUUAUUUCUCUCUCUCUCUCUCUCUCUAAACCCGCCAAUUAUGGGGUUGCUUCAUCAUCUGACUUCUCUACCAUCUUCUAUAAGCUGCUCGUACCAUUCUCUCUCUCUCUCUCUCUCUGUGCAAACAUGGUGCAAUCAAAGAAGUUCAGAGGUGUCAGGCAGCGUCACUGGGGUUCUUGGGUAUCAGAGAUUCGCCACCCGUUAUUGUAAAAAGAGGAGGGUAUGGCUAGGUACAUUUGACACAGCAGAAGAGGCAGCUAAAGCCUAUGAUCAAGCUUCCAUUUUAAUGAAUGGAAGGAAUGCAAAAACAAACUUCCCAAUAGCCCAAAAUUCAGAAGGAAAUUUAAUUGAUACUACUACUAUAUCAUUCACCGGUUUAUCAGAAACCCUACGCGAGAAGCUUCAAAAGAGUAGCAAAGCACCAUCCCCAUCUCUCACAUGUUUGAGGCUUGACACUGAGAACUCCCACAUAGGAGUGUGGCAAAAACAUGCCGGGGCAUGCUCGGAUUCGAAUUGGGUUAUGCGAGUUGAGCUUGAUACGAAGAAGAAAGGGAAGACUGUUGAGGGAGGUGCAUUGGCAUUGCCUUCAUUGAACUCUUCCCCAACAUUGGGAGGGCCAAAAUUGAAAGAAGAGAUGGAUGAGGAAGAGAGGAUUGGACUUGAAAUGAUAGAGGAACUUCUUCAAAUGCCUUGCAUUUAGGUAGCAUUUCCCAAAUUCUAUCCUAAUUGUAUCUAGAUUAAUUUGUUUAGGUUGAUUGAAAUUUGUGUUUUAUUUUUCUGGUAUAUUGGAGGGCAUACACUGAUAUAACGAGUUUUGUCUAGGACAAAACUUGAACCUUCGAGCCUAUUGUGUUUGAUUGAAAGAUUUGAUAAAAGAUUUGAAAAGGAAAAUUGAAAAGAAAACUGAAAUGUGAAUAAAAUAUAUCAAUAUAUUAUCUAGUUUCACACAUCUUUUUCAUUUUCUUUUUCAAAUCUCUUCUCAAAUGUCCCAACCAAACACAACGUAAAUGAUAAAGACGAGAAUUCUGAUCAACUGAAUUAGUCUCAGUUGGUUAGAAUUGGGUUCUUUUGAUUCAUAUGAUUUUAAAGAAAAAAAGAGGGAAUUAGGUUGGGAAAUUUUAUAGAAUAUAGGGGAUCAAAUGUUGUUGAUGUAAUAACGGCACAUUAAUGGACAUGUGCUAGGUAAUAUUCUACUCAUUCUAUGUUUUUUUUUUUUUUUUUUUCAUGAUGUU